CGAAAGGACGUUGGAAAGUGACGAGGCCAGUUUAACCGAAGUCAUUCUACUAUAGCCAACUCAGAUGUGGACAUGUUUUUGAGAAAAAACACCGUGGAUAUACAGGAUUAUUGAAUUGAACUUGAAUUGAAUAAUUGGUUGAAGAAUAUCAAUAUUUUUCCAAUUCAUUUUUAAAUUAUAGAAAACUUUUAGUAUCAAACUUUUUUAAUAGUGGGACUAUUGUUUUAAACAUCCCAAGGCACACAGGAACUGGCCAAGAGAAAGUGACUACCGAAUGCGCGCCCUUUGCAGUGUCUGGGAGUCAUUUCUGCUUGGCGUAAAUUACGGGCAAGCGCGUCAUUUCACUUGCGAAUCAUAUUAGCCUAUUGAGGUCGUUUUUUUCAUCCUGGGGGACCACUCACAGAGACACAGCAUCUGUGAGACCAUGCUACAAAAUGGUAUUGGUAUGGAGAAACCUUCGGAACUGCCGAAGGCUGAGCCAGAACCAGACCUCCCAUCAGAAGCUCCAACCCAGCCAGCCCCCACUGACAGCGCAGUGCAUACGGCACAAGACACGGAUUCCACGCACUUCCCCUUGCCCGUGUUCCCCAAAUUGGAGAUAAAGCGUAACGCGGUGACAGACGAUUAUAAGAUAUCUAGUCAGGUCCUUGGGUUUGGGAUCAAUGGGAAGGUUCUGGAAUGCACAAAUAAGAAGACGGGGGAGAAGUGCGCACUGAAGAUCCUCUAUGACAGUCCCAAGGCGCGGCAGGAGGUUGAGCUUCACUGGCGGGUGUCGGGGGGGCCUUACAUCGUUGGUAUUCUCAGUCUGUACGAGAACAUGCAUCAUGGGAAGAAGUGCCUGCUCAUCAUCAUGGAAUGUAUGCAAGGGGGAGAACUGUUCAGCCGGAUCCAGGCCAGAGGAGACCAAGCUUUCACUGAGAGAGAGGGCUCAGAGAUCAUGCGGGAUAUUGGCACAGCCAUCGAGUUUCUCCACAACAUGAACAUCGCACACAGAGACAUCAAGCCUGAGAACCUGCUGUACACUCAUCAGAAGAGCAACGGUACUCUCAAACUGACAGACUUUGGCUUCGCUAAGGAGACCACUCUACACAACCUCCUGCAGACCCCCUGCUACACCCCUUACUAUGUGGCUCCUGAGGUUUUGGGCCCGGAGAAAUAUGACAAGUCAUGUGACAUGUGGUCUCUGGGCGUCAUCAUGUAUAUUCUGCUGUGUGGUUUCCCACCGUUCUACUCUAACACGGGCCAGGCCAUCUCUCCAGGGAUGAAACGGAGGAUCAGGAUGGGCCAGUAUGAGUUCCCCAAACCUGAGUGGGCUGAGGUGUCAGAGGAAGGUGAGACUGGGUCGGGUCAUCCUUCCACUAGACAAGGGUUCCCCAAUUGGUGGCCUGCGGGUGUUUUUAUUUGGCCCCCCAACUUUUCUAAUCAAAAAAAUUAUGCAUUUUCCUUGUUGGACAUAAAAUACGGUAAAAAUACCAGAAAAUCAGCUCCAAGUUAUUUUAAUUUUGGAAAUCUGUUCCCAAGUAUUCUCGGGCAUAAUAGAGAGAUGUGGUUGUAUACAAAUGUAAGCAAGGUUUUACAUUAUUAUGUUUUAGUCAAAUAUGUUAUCUGUCUUGCGGUCAAUUUGCAGUCUGCAAAUUAUUUGUAAUUAUGUUCCGGCCCCCCUACGAUCCGCUCAAGAAAAAGAUUGGUCUGCGAGGGAAUCUAGUUGAUGAUCCCUGCACUGUCUUUAGUUUUCUUGUUAGUAUAGCUCUGCAUUCCCUCCAAUGUUGUCACUCCCAGAAAUUCCUUUCAUUCAGACAAACAAAAGCACACUUCUAAAUAGUCCGUUUUAUAGCACAACACUCAUCCACAAGCACACCCAAACAUAGACAAGGCACAUAAACUCAGAAUUGCAGCUCUUGAAUCCCAGGGAUAGUCUGGCUAAAUCUCUGAAUUCACACUGGUAGGGCUUCCUGCUCAUAUGGACCAACUGGUGCCUUAUUCCAGAACAAAGCCUUGGCUGGGGCCUGGUGUGUGUCUGUGUGUGUUUUGACCUCUAUCCUCUAAUUGAUUUCUCUCAGCCAAACAGUUGAUCCAUCAGCUGCUGAAGACAGACCCCAACGACAGAAUGACCAUCACACAGUUUAUGAACCACCCCUGGAUCAAUGUGUGUGUGUGUGUGUGUGUGUGUGUGUGUGUGUGCAUUUACAGUGCAUGCAUACUAUAUAAUCGUGUCUGUGUUUUAUCAUUGCAGCAGUCCAUGGUUGUUCCCUCCACACCGCUUCACACCACACGGGUCCUGACUGAGGACAGAGAGAUGUGGGACGACGUGAAGGAGGAGAUGACCAGUGCUCUGGCCACCAUGCGUGUGGACUACGACCAGGUGAAGAUCAAAGACCUGGACACCUCCAGCAACCCACUGCUCAACAAGAGACGCAAGAAGGCCGCUGCCGGGGGAAAAUUGGGAGGCAGCGUCUGCAACAGCCAGUGAAAGACUGGAGGUGGGAGGGAAGCCAGAACAGGAAGGGAAGCCCAGAGGACACACCUGGAACAGCUGGGAGGAAAAAAGGCUGUGGGAGGUCUGGGCAGAAACAUGCAGAAGAGAUUUAUCAGGGGGAGUGUGUUCAUACUUAAAUCUGCAGAGGGAGAAUAGGGGAGGCAUAAAGGAGGGAGGGAGUACUGUUAGGAAACAGCAGGGAAAUGCGAUUUGGAGAUGCUCCGCAAUCAGUCGAAUUGAAGGACACAUGAAGUGAUGACAAUGUAUGAAACUCUUAUCAGCCAAGAUCAGCAGGCCUUCAUACUGUAGGCCUUCCAUCAGUUUUUAAUUUGAUUGUGUGUUAGUGUGUGUGUUAUUUUGAAAGGUUAUUCAGGAUCUGCUCUUUAUAAGUUCAUGUAUGUUUGUUGUGUGUGUGCCUGUGUGUUUAUGUGUGUUGUAACCAAUGUUCCCUCCAAAAAUGUUCAGCACUGAGCAAAUUUCAGGUCUGCUGAAAACAAA